AUGUCGAGCAUCGAAAAACAAAUCAACGAUGAACGCCGCGUCACACAUCUGCUGUGUGCAGCAAUCGAUUCGCAACUGGAACUCGAGAAAGCCACGGAAAAAUUGAUUAAAAAUGUGUAUAAAGAUUUGAAAAGAAUGGAAGCUGCUGUUGAUACUUUGGGAAUGUUGACUGUUGAUGAGAGUCGCAUAUCCAUGAUUGAGAAGAGAAAGGUGAUUGUCGAAGCCGAGAAAGAAUUCAUGAAUGGAAGACAGCCGGAGGAAGAUAUUGAAGAGUACCUCGAAGUAUUAUUGAAGGAGAUACAUCCCAAUUUGGAUCAGAUUAGGGCUGCGGCUAGAUUAGAGGAAGAGGAACUACACGAUUUGUUUGGGUUGUCAAAGCAAACCGCCAAACUUCAUAAGCUUACGUUUGAUGGAAAAAUGAAAAAGACAACUGUUGAGGAAGGGGAAGAUAUGGUAAAGAGAAAAAAUAAGAAGAAUAAGAAGAGGGGCAAGAGAGGGUAUGAGAGAAAGGAAGGAGCUUAUGGUCUCUCGACGAACAAUUGA